UUUAAAACGGACGGCGGAGAGUCGACGUUGUAGUUUAAGAUAGCCGCAGCACCAUGCAAGCAGAGGUUGAAUUUUUGCGCGAUCAAGUCCAUAGGUUAAAUUCUGCUCUCAGCCAGUAUCAAGAUGGACACUUUUCCCAGCCCACAUCAACAUCUCAGGUUGAGGAGACAGGACAUGCUCAAUCUCCUGCUCCCUGGAUCUCAGAUAGAGGCAUCAUGGCUCCUUUGAUUGCUGAAUAUGAUAGACAUAUGGGUGAAAUGACUGAGCAGCUGCAAAGAUACCAGGUGCAGAUGACAGAUGUUAAAGUGAAGUUGGAGAGGGUGGUAAAGGAAAAUGAAAGGCUGCAUGCAGAGCUUAGGGAGUCAGUGGAAAAGCAGCUUCAGGCCCUGCCAGUAGCAUCAAGAGGAGAGGGCAGCUCAAUGGAGGAGGAGGGAGUCAUCAAAAACCUUAAGGAACAAAUCCAACUUUCUGGACAGGAACGGGAGCAGGCUAUGGAGCUGUGGCAGACGGCUGCUCAGGAGCUGGAUCGUCUCAAGCAACUCUACCAGCAGACUGUCUCUGAUGGACAGAUCCAUGCUGCUCACCAACAGCAGCUCAAGGAUCAGCUCAUUCAGUUCCAGCAGCAUGGCCACCAACUUCAACUGGCCAAUCAAAAGUUGAAAUCUACCAACCAGCAGUUCUUGACCACGGUGACAGAGCAGAGCAUGGAUACAGAGGAGUUGCGCAGCCAGCUCAGGCAGGCAAAAGCUGACCUAAGGACAGCCACAGUCAAAGUGGAAGAAAUGACCAAGCUGAUGCAGAACGUCCAGGAGCAGAUACAGAUGCGGGAGGAACAAGUGCUGGAAUGUCAGGGCCGAGAAGAUGCUGCAGAGAGAAGGCUCCAGCAGCUUCAGUCAGCCUUAAACCAACUUGAGGCCAGGCUAAAAGUAGCCUCUCAAGAGAUGGAGGCAGUGCGUAGGGAGCAGACAGUGUGGGAGAGACAGGUGGGGGAGCUCCAGAAUCGCUGCGUCUCCCUAGAGGAGGAGAAGUAUGAGGCCCUGUCCAAAGUACGCGAAAGUGUUCAACUGGUGGAGGAGGUUACACUGCAGAAAGACCAGGUGCUGUUGAGAGAGAAGCAGAAGCAGGAGGAGCUGGAGAAAACGAAGGAAGUCAUCAAGCAGCUGAUCCAGGAUGCUGUUGUUCGGACCAGAAAAGAGGUUGAGGGAGUGCGUAAACAGUGUAACAUUCAAAUCCAGCGCAUGGCUGAGGAGUUGUCUGCCCUGCAGCUGGAGUGUGCAGAUAAGGAAUCUCAGAUACAGAAGUCCCUGCGAGAGAGGAAAGCUGUUGAGGAGGAACUGGAGAAGGUAUACAGAGAGGGCAGGGCAGAGCCAGAGUUCAGAAAAAUAGAUGCCCUCCACCAGAGGUGUCUAGAUGCGGAGAGAAUGAAAGAGGAUAUGGGCAUCGCUUUACAGAGCACCCAGAACAAACUCAAGAAGACGGAGUUGGAUUACAGUGAGGAGCUGUCACGGUGCCAGGAGGAGGUGCGGCGGCUACAGGGUUCUCUGGCUGAGGCCCGGGAUAACUGUGUCACUAUCAGUGAGGAGCGUCUCCAGCUGCAGGACGAGAACCUGCACCUCUGCAGGGAGAUGGACGAGCUGCGCAAGGCUAGCCUGCUGGCCCAGAAGAAGGCCAAACAACAGGUUUCCCAGAUGGAGCAUGAGUACAGCAUAAAAGAGCAGGGGCUAGAUGCCAAGGUGCGAGAGUUGGAGGAAAGUAGCCGAAAUUCCAGUGCAGAUCUGACUCGCCUCCUCAAGGCACAGCAGAGGAGCACACAGCGCUGGAAGGAGGAGGCCAAGAACCUUGCCCAAGCCUUCGAGUCCAAAAUCACUAGCCUGAAGGCAGAGCUGAAUCGUCAGAGGCAACACUCCCAAGAGCUCGAGAUUCAGCUGGAAACCAACCAUGAGACCAUCGUAGAGUAUGAGAGACAGCUGUCAGAACUCCAACAGAAGGCCAGCCGUCUCCAGAGGCGACUGACACAGGCAGAACAUAGGGCAAGCACUGCUACACAACAGCUGAGUAUGUUAACAUCACAGCCACGGAAAACACAAGUUAUGGUGGAUCUAGACACUGUAUGACUAUAACUGCCAUUUUGCCAACUAUAGAGGGGGGAAAAAUGAACUGUUAAGCGGUGUUCUGUUCUUCUCAAGAGUUGUUUCCCAGGACAGAAUGUUACAAGACAUUGCUAUAAGGCUCUUUUGCCUUGGGGCACCUGUGCCACACAUCGGAUACACUGCAAAUUCUACUUGCCCCAGUAAACUACAUGAUAUAUUUGUCUUUUCUCUCACUGAAGUUCUUGCUCUCUGGAACAUUGUUUUGUUUGUUGUCUGUUCAGUUGUAAGAGUUAUGAAAUGCUACGAAAUGUUGAUGCAUUUCAUUGAAAAAAAAACU